AUGGCACCGGAGCAACAACAUCCUCAGACGCUGCUACACCUCUUCGAUUCUUUGUGGUUCCAACACCAAAUUCUCGCCUCGAAAAACCCAACCUCAAUUUCCUCAAAUUCAAACCCGACACCCCAAGAAGAUGCCGAGAAUCCCAAGCUUUCUAGAACCCCAACUUUCAUCUCCAGAUCUUUCAGCGACCAAUGUUUGAGCUCCAACGACAGCUUAUUAGAUUCCGAGGUGCCCUCUCCCAAGUCCGUUCUUCUCGAAUCUUCCAAGCUCCAGCCCAUUCUCUCCGGCAAGGAGUACAUCGGAAUUUCCGAGGACGCCGGCGGCAGUUUCACCAAGAACGGAGAAAAUUGCAGCGGGAGGAGGAGGAAGAGAAGGAAGGAUGGUAGUGGGAACAGUAAGAGCUUAUCCGAGCUUGAAUUUAAGGAGCUAAAAGGGUUUAUGGAUCUAGGGUUUGUGUUCUCGGAUAAGGAUAGGGAUUCAACCCUAGUUUCGAUUAUCCCUGGGCUGCAGAGACUGGGAAGAGAAGGUGUAGAAGAAGAAGGGGAGAAGAAGGGGAUUGCAGUUUCAAGGCCGUACCUUUCUGAAGCAUGGGAUGUUAUGGGAGAAAACAUGAAGAAUCAGAAUUCAUUAGUGAAUUGGAGAAUUCCAGCUUUUGGUAAUGAAAUGGACAUGAAAAACCAUCUUAGAUUCUGGGCUCAUACUGUUGCAUCUAGUGCUAGAUAA